UGUGGCGGCCUCUUCCUGCUGCGUCCGGGGCUGGCCUUUACGCGGUGGCCGCGGCCGGAGCUGGACGCCGGCGACUACCUCGCCGCCCCGCCGCCCUCGCUGCUUGCCCCUCGGCCCUGGACUCUCCCCACCCGAGCAGGGAGGCGGCGGCCGAGGAGCGAGCGGCGCCAGCGCGAGGUUCCGGCCGAUGGGCAGCCCCUGGACGCGCUGAGGGGCCGGGCUACGCGCGGCCGAGAAAAUGAUGCAUCCUGUUGCCAGCAGUAAUCCAGCAUUCUGUGGGCCUGGCAAGCCUUCCUGCCUCAGUGAAGAUGCCAUGAGAGCUGCCGAUCAGUUUGACAUAUAUGCUUCCCAGCAAAGCAAAUAUAGCCACACAGUCAGCCACAAACCAAUGGUUUGUCAGAGGCAAGACCCAUUAAAUGAAACACACUUGCAGACUACAAGUGGGAGAAGCAUAGAGAUAAAAGAUGAACUAAAGAAAAAGAAAAAUCUCAAUCGAUCUGGUAAGCGUGGCCGGCCUUCGGGAACCACCAAAUCAGCGGGAUACCGGACCAGCACGGGCAGACCCCUGGGAACCACCAAAGCAGCUGGAUUUAAGACAAGUCCAGGCAGACCUUUGGGUACUACUAAAGCUGCGGGAUACAAAGUCAGCCCAGGGAGACCUCCAGGAAAAAAGCAGCAAGCCUUCAGGUGUUCCAGUGAUGCCUGACACAAUGAGCUGGACUUUAUGCUGCUCUUUACAGUGAGAGGUGUUGCAUUGUAUGUGGGAACUGUGUGCACUGGCAUCUAAGACAGUGACCUCAACUAUUCUAGCUUUGCACAAACCCUAGCAAAUCAUGUUGGAUGACUACAUAAUCAGUGGUAACAUUCUGGCAGCUAAAUUGUUACAGAAUUUCUUCUUGCAGAAGCUUAGAAUAUAAAACUUUUAAUAACUACUCAGAACAGUAUAACUUCUGACACACACAAAUGCUUGCAUCUUUAUUCAUGUGUUCAUCUAUUCACUUUCCUUCUGUAUCUGUCGUUUGGCCGUUUCUCAAGAUGAUGUUCAGCAGUUGCCUGUUUAGAAAUCCUCUUUCAAGCUAGUUCCUGAUGAGAGGUUUAAUUAAGUGUUCUGCCAUAGAAUAAAGUAUGCUUUGCCAAGGAUUUGGUUGCAUGUGUGUUUUACAGUAAGUUAUUGGACAUGCCCUUUCAGUUUAUUUUUCAUUCCUGAUUAUGUUAAACAGACCCUUUCCUCUCUCCCCUGCCCUCUCCUAUAUUCAUUCCACUCUUCGCCCUCCAGCACAUCUACUCAGUGGUGCUGUGCUGUGUGUCAGAAAAUAAGCAGGUGUAUUACUGUAUAAUGGAUUUUGUAUACAUGUUUAUGAAAUAGUGAAAUCAGCUAAAGGAGGUAUGUUCAUAAGUGUUUAUUAUCAGGAGCUAUGUCCCAGAGAAAAAAGGGACGAAUGGCUACAGUUGUGAGUGGAUGACAUCGUUUAGAAAUCUGAAUUUACUUACUGUUCGUGUGAGCAGUUACCUGGAAUAUUAGAUGUAUGUGCUGGUGAACAUCUCCUGAUUCCACUUACUUGUCUCCUGUGAACAGUUUACUGGUACCAUGCUGAAGAGAAAGACAUCUAAGUGAUUACAUGAGUGAAGUCUUAAAAUAUAAAAUAUUUUUACUUCUAUAAUCUAAAGACUACAUUGUGCAUCUUUUGUAACACUGUCUCUUGUUAUGAUAAACACUGAAAUAGCAUGUUAAACAUUUGCCUAUACUUCAGUAUAUUCAGUUAGGGAAAACUGGCCUUUUCCCCAACUGUACGAUUGUUUCUUAAAGGGUAAAUUGCUAAUUUUUUACUGUGUAAUUCUGUUCUUCACAAAAUAGGUUCACUAUUCUGUAUUAAAACUAUUGGUCAGAAAAUGAUUUGCUAUUCAAGUAAGUUUGCUUUACAUUUUUCUUUAAAAAAUAUAUUAACAUGCCUUAUUUAUUAUUGUUACCAUAACAAAUAAGGAGCUAAUACAGAUGAAAUUUUCACUUUUUGACAGAUACAAUCUUGUAUAACUAAUCUUUAGUAUGGGAUGAUUUUGAUACUAUCUUUGGAGUUUUGCACUGGAUAUUAAAAAGUAUACUGGCACAAUGUAUUGGAAGAAAAUAAGUAGCAUCUGGCUUAGUUUUUAAUAUUUGGGGACAUUUUUUAAAUUAGUGUUUUAAUUAGACUAAAAGUUCUUUUAUUUUUCAAAAGAAACACCUGUCAAAGUAUAUUUAAUUUAUUCAUUCCAAAUUGAUGUUUGUGUGAAUUUACAUAUAUAUUUUCAUGAAAUAAGACUAGUUUCUUUGAGUUAAAGUGGCUCCAUUUAUUAGGUCAAGAGUGAUUCAUCCAGUGUAAGAAUAGUCACAAUGUAUGAGUUUAAAAGCAGCUUUAAAAGAAUCAGUUCAGGGGAUAUUGAUGAUAACUGUUAGUCACUGUCUCUGUAUGCAGUAAAAUUUUACAAUCCCUGUAUAGUAAAAUAUAAGAAUUCACAACAGUUCAAAACAUUUUUUUCUUGGACACAAAAUGUUUUGAUGCUAUUACUACAUUUUUGUUUUUGUCACAGCAUAACUAUUUGCUCUUCAACUCUAGGAUGUAUCUAAGUCUUUCCUUUGCUUACACCCAUGUAUCCCAAGUAGACAAAUUUAUGCUCUUACAUACAGUGUACUUAAUUGUCAGAAAACUAAUGCUACAAGAAAUCAAGUAUGUGGUUUAAAGUAAUCAGACCACUUUGAUUCUUUAAGUUUUCACAAUUUCCUUUUUCCACAGACAAUUAUGGAGAAAAUAAUUACCAGUUAACUGAUAAUAAGCACGCUGUCCUCUGCUGUAAAAAGUCUGAAUAGAUACUGUGUAUGUUUUAAUGUCCAUGAACUUGAGCUACUCGUGUGCAAUUAUGUGUAUGGGAAUGGAGUAGUGUUCAUGAUUUGUACCUACAUCAUCAUAUGGAUGUAUAUUUAUUAAUAAAGUCAUUACUUUA